AUGUCCAUCAAAGUCGCGGUUAUUGGCGCCGGUCUCAUCGGCCCGCGCCAUGCACAGUCCGUUAUCUCCAAUCCCUCUACGGAAUUCGCUGCCCUCGUCGACCCAAUGCCCGCCGGUGAAAAGGCCGCCGCAGAUUUGAAAACCUCCUACUACAAAUCAGUAGCUGAUCUCCUGGCGUCGCCGAACCGACCCGACGCAGCUAUUGUCUGUACUCCGAACAACACCCACGUCCCGGUUGCGAAGGAACUACUAGCUGGCGGCGUCCACGUCCUUCUAGAAAAGCCAUUCAGCGACACCCUGGAAACAGGCCGGUCGCUUCUGGAAUUUGCCUCGGCUCCUGAACGCGCACAUCUUAAGCUUCUGGUCGGUCAUCACCGCCGCUUCAAUCCCUAUGUCCGGGCCACCAAGUCUGUUCUGGACAGUGGAUCGCUCGGCCGACCGAUUGCUAUCAACGGUCUGUGGACUCUGUACAAGCCAGAUCCCUACUUCGCUGGUAAUGGUGACUGGCGUGCGUCGGGGGUUCGGGGCGGUGGUGUCAUUCCCAUCAACCUGGUCCACGACAUUGAUCUGAUGCACCACUUCUUCGGACCCGUCGUCCGCGUUCAGGCCGAGAAGAUUCUUCCUCAACGCCCUAGUCCUCCGCACGAUGCAGAUGAGGGAGCUGCCUUGACACUGCGCUUCUCAUCUGGCGUUGUCGGUUCUUUCAUUGUAUGCGACGCCACGCCCUCACCCCAUAACUUUGAAACGGGAACCGGUGAAAAUCCGAUGAUCCCGAAGUCCGAUGGCGCAGAUUUCUAUCGCAUCUUUGGCUCAGAUGCCUCGCUCAGUGUCCCCGAUCUGAUCCGCUGGAGUUAUGAUGGCAGGGCCGAAAAGAGCUGGUCGCAGCCGUUGACGGUUGAUCAUAUUCCCUUGCCGGAUAAUGCUGCCCCAUUUGACCUGCAAGUAGCGCAUUUCGUGGAUGUUAUCCGUGGUGAUGCGAAGCCUAGCUGUUCUGGCGAAGAGGGUCUGCGCGCCUUGAUUGUCUGUGAAGCUGUGCAACAGGCGAUGCGGACAGGUCAGCCUGUUGAUAUUGACGUUGAUCUGCUCUCGCAAUCGAAGCAAUAA